CCUGCUAAAAAGGAAAUAAAAUUCAAACCAAGGGUAGUUUAGUCUUUUAGGUUAGGUGAUUGUACCUGUCUUUUAAUCAGAACCGCCACGUUACGGUCUAAUCCAUCUUCUCGGUGCUUCUUCUGUAGUCUGAAAACCUACUUUUUACUCUUGGAGCUCUAAGCGGCAAAGUUUUCUCUUGAGCUAACUCUUCCCAACAACGUGCUAUCUUUCUCCCACUCUUAUUAAAUCCAAUUGCAUUAGACUCAACCCCCAUUUCGAUAUGUCGCAAUUUUUACAAGGUACUGUUUUCUUUUCCUUCCAUUUCUGGGUUUUGCUGUUUCUGGUUCUAAUAUCUAUGGGUCAUUGCCUUCAAUUUAUGGGUCGUUGCCUUCAAUUUACUUAUAGUUGCAUGAACGAAAUAGUCUUGUUUCGCAUCCACAUAUGUUUGAUUUUGCGUGUUGGGUUUCCAUGAAAUUUUGAUGAUUUUGUGGUUUUGAUUUGUGGGUCUACUCAGAGGUGUAGAAUGACGGCUCUUGGUGCUAGCAGCGAACAGAGCUAAUGAACGCACAGUUUCUCUUUUGGACCAUCCUAGAAUAAUGUAGUCAAUUUACUUCAUAUUGACAUAUGAAAUACAUCAUAAAAAAGUUAAUCAUGUCAGACAAUUGAAGAAACAAAUGGUUUUUUUUCAAUUUAUGCUUUUGGUGCUACGAUAUUUUACAUGUGCAACACAUCAUCACAAAUUGGGAUGAUGAUUGUAUGACAUAGCUUUUUAUGUCUUUUUUCAGUUGGAUAAGCAUUUAGCUAGAAAUCCUGAUAGCUAGACAAGUGUCUUGACUUAAUUGUUGUUACGGGACUAAACUUGGAGGAUGUUUUCCGAGGAGUAGUCACAUGUACUUUAGAAUGAGGAACCGAGUUUUAAGAAUCAUAGUCACCUAGACUUCUUUCAGCUUUUACUUCCAAAUUUAUGUAAAACAAACUUAAAGACUUCAACGUGGAAGUUGUAGAGAAAUUGAAUUUGUUGUUGUUGUUUGUAUGCUAGAGGUAGUGGAGUUCCCGUAACUUUUAACUUGAUUGGCUCUAGAGUUAAGUGUGGUGAAUGAAUAUAUAUACAAUUCCUCAAACAUGCGUUUGUAGGCUGGGAAAAGAUUUGCAUUACUGUUUUUGUGCAGUUAUAUACCUUUUAUAACAUCCACAAACAUUGUUCUUGCUCCUAAAACUUCAGUUUGAUACUUUUUUAUAGCAUCCUGAAACAUUGUUUUAACUCCUCCACAAACAUUGUUCUUGCUCCUAAAACUUCAGUUUUAUACCUUUUUAUAGCAUCCUGAAACAUUGUUUUAAACUCCAUCAUUAACCUCAAUGAUUUCAUUUGUAUCAUUGGGCCCGUGCUCAAACACCAUCUAGUAUUAAUAUAGUCUUUGGAGCGAGUUUGGGACCAAGAAAGUAAUUUAAACUUUCUCAAUAAUUUUAAAAAUAAAAUAACAUCAACAACAACAUUAAUUAUGUGAUUUAAGGAGUAAUCCAAAACUGGGGUUGAACAUGUUAUUUGCACAUUUUUCGAUCAUUAUUUUGCAAGGAGAAAGCAAAAUGCCUCUCUCAUUAACUACAUCUAUCAAAAUACCAAUAGUAAAACUGAGUUAUUACUCCAUAAAAAUGAUCAAUCUUUUGUACUUACGUCUUACCCUCAAAUUUCACAUAAUCGUGGAAGUUGAAUAGCGCAUAUUUUGAUAUAUCCACAACAGGAUACAAAAUGGAUAAGGAAAAAUGUUCUUCAAUACAUUGAGUUGGAAAUAACUCGAAGAGAAAUUUAGCUUGUCGCUUGAAAAUUCAAAGUCUAAACCAAAAAAAAUGACAUUAGAAGAGACAAAAACACAAUGACAUUAAAAGAGAAGUAAACACAAUAGUGAAGCAAUAUGAUACUACAUGACAAAAUAAAACUAUAAUAAUUUGUUGUAUAUAGACUCAAGAUAUUGUAAAAUAAGCACGAAAAAAAAAGCAGUUAAAAACGCUCUCAACGUAAACCCUAGUUCCAUGCAAAACCCUAAUUUUUAAAUCUUAGCCGCCAGCAAUAUGGCCGUCGUGGCCACUGGUCAUCAUCCUGUGGCUGGCCGGACCCUACUGACUACUCCUACACCUACUACAACCAUGAAAGACUACCAUAAUGAACCUACAAUACCUAAGAUGGAUUAUAGACAUGUACUUCAACCAGAAAACCCUAAUCCCAUGCAAAACGUUACGGCGAAAAUCUCUAUUAAAAGGGUGGAAUAUCACAAUGGUGUUCAUGUAUUGCGAUGAACUGAGAGGGAGGUGGAUCAGAUGGAGCAAUUGGAAGAGUUGAAGCAUGCAGUCGUUGGUAAAUUUUCAUAUGGAUGGCCAUCAUUGGAGGAACUAAGAACUAUCAUCCCUGCUCAAUGUGGGAGAGGGAAGGGCACAAUUGGAUUGUUUCGUGAUAGACAUGUGCUUAUUAGACUUUCGACAAAGGAGGACUUUGUUACUCUUUGUUCUAAAGGUGUGUAGUACUUACAAUCUAGAGAUGGAUAUUCGUACCAAAUGAGACCUUUGAUACAUGAUUCUAAGUUUAAAGUUGAUCAAGAAACAUCAAAGGUUAUAUCUUGGAUCUCUUUCCAUACUUGUUGCCUACUUUCUUUGUUAAGGAAGCAUUAUUUUCACUUGCAUCUGCUGUUGGUAUACCUCUUUAUGUGGAUCUUGCCACUAUUAAUCGUAUAAUACCAAGUUGUGCAACAGUUAAAGUGCUUAUGGACUUCGGCACCUCUACCGAUUAUGUUAAUACGGAAAUUGAAGAUGAGGAUUCUAAGGAGGUUCGAGUUGAAAAAGUGAAGAUACACUAUGAUUAUCUUCCAAAAUAUUGUAAAGAAUGUAAGUUACAAGGCAUAAUGAGGUUGAAUGCAGGAGACUUCAUCCUGAAUUGGCGCGUUGUUUGAUGACGAAAAGGAGAAGUUUGAUGAGCAUGUAGUGAAUGAGCCUGAGAAAGUGAAAAAUGAUUCAGUAGAGAAAGGUAAGGCUAUUGUGAUUGAUGAUGUGAAACAUGAUGAGAUAGCAACAGGCAAAUUACUUAAUGCACGACCUCAAAGGAAUUAUUUUUAUCAGAAUAGGAGGAGAUUUAAUGCUAGGAGAUUAGCUAGUGGGAAAUCACUUGGAGAUCCUGGGAAUUGGAAUGUUAUUAAAGAUAAUAGGGAUUUCCCUAGUGCCAAGCAGAAUAACUCAGAGUCAAAGGUGUUACAGAUCAGCCCAACUGAGAUUAAGGAUACAAAUGUGAUGGUCCAAAACAAGUUUGAAGUGCUACAAGAUCAGAAUAAUGGUGAUGAUAUUCAUGUAGAAUUAGUGGAUAACAAUGUAGAUGAAUACCAGGAGCAGGAGUUGAUUAUCUCUGAAGAUCAAAGAAGACAAGGUGGUCAGAAUCAAAAUUUGUUGUUAAUGAAGGAUGAUUCAGAGAAGAAAUCAAAUGUUAAAGUGCAGAACAAUUUGGAGGAUUCACAAGAUCAAAUGGUAUCAAUUGAUAAUGGUAAUGUUGCAGAGGUGGAACUUAUCAGUGUUGAAGGGCAUGAAGAUAUAGUCAACUCUUUUCAGGAGUUGGUUAAGGGGCAAGCCUUGCAAACUGAUGAUUUGGAGGCUCAGCCAAAAAUUGUUACUGAUACUUUGAAAGUGAUGGAUGAUCAUGCUGGUACAACUCAGUGUGAACUAAAUGGGAUAGAGCAGGUUGAGGUGUUGGAUAAAGAAGAGGAUGUUGUCAUUGGAUCAGAUUUGAUUCCUGAUAACAAGAUUGUAGAUAGCAUAAAAGAAUGCUUAGCUAAUAUCUCUAUACCUGAUAACAAGGCUGAGAAGGAUAGCAAAGUGGAAUCUAUUUUGGAGAAGGAACAAGCUACUCAUGUAUUAUCAGCAAAUGUUAGCAUGAAUAAUGACAAUGGUGGUGAUAUGAGCUGAAAGGUUGAUGCAGAUAAUCAAAGGGGGACAAGUGAGAUUUCUAAUGUGGAUGAUGUAGACAAUACUAGUAGUAACUUGCAGUUAGUUGGUUGUUAUCCUGAGAGAGGUGCAAAUGCAGAAGAAAGGAAUUUAGCUUUGACU